UGCCACGAUCACGAUCUCAUCUUCUCCUGUCGCCUCCCGGUAUUUAAACCCCCUUCUUCUUCUUUCCCCCGCAAUCCACAUCGACUGAUUCCUCGCAUUGCCACUUCUUGUCAAGUUCCCGUACCACUGCUAGCUACAAUCUCGCCGUCCCCAUCUCCUCUCCCGAUGUCCAGCACCGUGUGCUCCAUGUGCGGCGACGUCGGCUUCCCGGACAAGCUCUUCCGCUGCGCCCGCUGCCGCUGCCGCUCCCAGCACUCAUAUUGCACCAACUACUACGGCGACGCGGCGCCGUCCGAGGCGGGCGCCGGCGUGUGCGACUGGUGCCUCAGCAACGAAGGCGCCCCCGCCGCGAGGAAGAACCCGUCGCCCAUGCAGCAGCACGCCGCGGCAACCGGGAUGGGCUGCGGCAAACUCAAGGUAGCCACCGGCAGUGGCGAGCAGGAGGGCGGCCGGAGAGGCCCCAAGGCCGUCCGGAGGUACAAGCUCCUCAAGGACGUAUUGUGCUGAAGCACGCGUCGCGGUCCUCUUACUCCUUAGAUCCGGGACCUGCCAUCAUGUACUAUAAGACGGUGCCUAAUUAGUUAGUUAGUCGGCCGGCCGGUGUACCUAGACUAGCUGGUACAUACGUUGUAUAUCGAUCCUUGUGUGCAAAUGUCUGCAUGUCACAACGAGAUCUACUUCACUUCCCCAUGUAUAUGUAUAUAUAUGUAUGUAUGCUGCUAUCUCUCUUGUCAA